UAAUCUUGUCUGUGAAGGAUUUAGAUGGAAUCUGCUUUGCUAUCUAAAUCCUAAUAAACCCAUCUGAGCAAGAUAUUACCCUAACAAACGCAUCUAAUUCUUAAUUUUGUUCCCAAUUUCUUCUCUCUCCCCCUCUCUCUCUUUUUCAUCUAUAUAAUGUACCCUUUACGGAAAAGUGAAGAGAAGUGCUUCCAGAUUUCGUUUAAUCCUCACCAACACAUAAUUCCAGAAGAUCUGAUUUUUGAGCACCAUGUUUCAGCUGCUGUGGGAGCUGCUCAUAAUGAUAAUCAUAAUAAUAGUAACAAUAAGAACAAUGGAGUCAAGAAUUUGAGUACGCCUAGGAGGAGAAAGCCACUAGUUGAAACUUUGGAGGAUGAUGAUCAAGAUCAUAAAAUCAAAUUGAUGCAUAGAGAAAGGGAGAGGCAAAGAAGGCAAGAAAUGGGGGCUCUUUAUAUGUCUCUAAGAACCCUACUUCCUCUUGAAUUUAUCAAGGGAAAAAGGGCGAUAUCGGACCAAAUGAAUGGCGCAGUGAACUAUAUAAAACAUCAAGAGAAGAAAAUCAAAGAAAUUGAAGCGAAAAGAGAUGAAUUGAAGAAGAUGAAUAAUUCAAGUAAUUUUGAGAGAUCAAAAUUAGAAGAAAUACCAAAUUGUAGCUUUAAAAUUAGCUGUUUUGAUGGAGGAGUAGUUGAAAUCUUGAUUACAACAAUUGGUUUUCAUGGAUUUCCCCUCUCAAGAAUCUUGAAAGUAGUUGUUGAACAAGGGCUUGAAGUCAUUAGAUGUGGUUCUUCCAUAAUUAACCACAAAUCAAUCCACACCAUCCAAAUCGAGGUUAAUGAUCCAACCUCUCUUGAUCUGGCUGAGCUUGGAAACAAGCUUAGAGAAGCAGUGCCACUGCUAAGACAAGUAACAGAUUAACAUUUAAUUAAUUACUAGUUGUUUGUGCUUAAUUAGGAUCAUUUACUUUUUAAUGGGACCUCUCUUAAUUAGUAGUUUGUAACUGUGAUUACAUUCAGCUGUUUUCACUCUGAAUUCCUAAUUAACUCCUUUUUUUUUUUUUACAAAUUACUUUUCUCUGUACAGAAUCUGGCUUCUAUAUGUGAAACCUAGCACUCCUUUUUCCUUUUGGAUACUCAUGUUCCUGAUGAGAAAAUUUAGAUAUUGCUUUCUUUUUUUGAACAAUAAUAUAUAAGAGAGGUAGGAAGGAUUAUAGAUUUCAGAAUUUUUCAACUAGAUUGACAUAUUUCUAGCAUCCUCAACCUAUCUCUAGAACCAAAAGAAAUUCAUUGAUCGAUAAAAAAGAUACAUGCAUGCAAUAGGCUAGAAGAGAGCUUCAAGAAAUAAAAGGAAAAUAGAAAGGAUAGGCUGAAGAAAAACGACCUUCUAAUUAAGCAUAAUACAAGAUAGUAUAUUAUAGUAUACUUUAUUUUGGAGAAUAUUAAAUUCCCUACAACUUCUUAGCGCAUGUACAUGUAAUAAAACUACAUUUUGUUAUUUUGAUGCAUGUGCACUCAGUAUUGGUUUUUCAUGCACAAGUAUCAAGUUCAUGUAAUAGCAGUGGAAAUAGAAAACAAUAAUAAUAAUAGGUACAUUACAGAGAUAAAGUAUACUAGUUUUAACAAUUUAAAGAGUUAAAAAUGUAUCUAUUUAGUCGAGAUAUUCACCUCACCAUUUAAUUUUUAGUAUAUUAUAUCUUAUUCAAAAGAAAAAAAAAACAAACAACGAAUUAAUAUACAAUCAGUUCUAAAUGAAGUGUUGGGUAUUAGUUUUACGAAGUAUUGGGUAUUAGUUUUAGACGUUGAUGGUGUUAUGUUUGUGUUAACUUUAAUUGAGAUGUUCUAAUUAGUCUACAAACUUAUAAUAUCUAGUUUAAAAGAAAAAAAAUCAAUAUUAACCCAGAAAGCCAAUCAUCUUUUUUUAGAGAAUGAGAAUGGAAGUAUGAUGUAUGAUAUGUAUAUGCUAUUUUUUUUGUAAUAUUCCGAUACUUGUAUAGUUUUAAACUGAAAAGCUUUCAUCCAACUAGCGUUGUUAAGAUGUCUUCUGUUUUUGUCUCUGAGCUUAUGAUCUCUCGUUAUUUGUGUUAUUUUUUGAAUGUCUCAUGCAAUUAGAUUCGGAGUAUAAAAAAGUACUAUGAUUGUGUCAACCUGGUUGAGAUAGUCUAUCCUUUAUCUCUCUAGUAUUAUGUUUAAAAGUCAUGUAGAUAGGAAAAGGAAAUUGAAGGGAGUAAUUCAAUUGUGUUCAAAGGAAAAAGAAAAAGGGAGUAUUUCUUUUGGUCAUAUAUAUAUAAUCGUUAUUUGUGUUCAAAGGGAGUAUUUCUUUUGGUCAUAUAUAUAUAAUGGUUUGGUUUCUCUUUUUCUUCUUAUUAUUAUCUAGAAGAAUAUUGAUGUAUUGUAGUAUUCAAACUUUAUCCUUCAAUCUUGUGUUAAGUAUUGCAUUUUCUCUUGAUAAAGGGUUUAACAUGUGAGCUUCAGUGUUAUCUUGUGUUUAGUGGUAUUAAGAUGCAUAAAAUUUAAAUUUCCACAUAUAUUAAUAGUCUUAGUCUUAAUUAUAUUAUUAGUAAGGUCAUAUGGUAUAUUUUUGGUUAUGAAAUUCUGGAUACGAUAUGGUGGCAGUGGCGAGACAUCAAUUCUGGAGAUGUUACAUUCUUCUGUAUUUGGAGAAAUAUUAUGACAUUUUUACAGCUCUUAGUUAUCA